AUUCGCUCAUUUUCUUUUCUCUCUCAUAUUUUAGUUUUCCAUUAAAAUACGAAUUGUCCAUCUAUAACUAUUUUUUGAAGGGAGAAGAAAUUAUGUAAAUUGCAAGUAUUUUUCAAAUUUUCGACCUAUUUGGAUUUGGAACCGAAAUAAGAAAUACAGACAGAGAAGCAGAGAAAGAAUUGGAAGGGAAAAUGGAUAUUAGGGAUGAAAGGUCGUCAAUCUGGGAACAAAUUGACAUCGCUGAAAAUUACCUCGUCUGCUGCUUGUUCGAUGAGGCGGCCUCGUUGUCUUCUUCUAUUCUUAAACAACUGCUCAUCAAUAAUCAGGUUUCGGAAUUUGAUAUGCUGGAAUCAGCUGGCAUGGUUCUCGUACAAUCCAUGAAACAAUUGACAAGGACGUCGGAGAUAUUGAAGGACUUCAAACUCUUAUUUGGUUCACUCAAUCUCAUUCCUGUUCAGGUUUUCGUUACGGGGGUGUGCUUCCAAUUGUCAGAUGGCCUCUCAACUAUUGCUCAAGGUUAUCUUGAGGAAUUUGUAAACAGCUGGACUUAUGUGGGUGACAAAUACCAUCCUCUUUUAGGUGAAGAAGCUAGGGUAGCUGAUACAGGAGGAUCUCACUAUCCAUUUCUUAUCACCGUUGACAUGUAUUUAGAAGUUGUCGAGCUCUAUGUUGUGACACUUCUUGCUACAACUUUGAAAGACAAAAACCUGGCUAUAUCCUGGGUAGAAAAGGCUGUUCUUCUGCCCAUUGAGAAGCGUCAGGUUCUUCUGAGGCGCUUACAAUCAAUGAGUUCUUCCAUUACCAGUUCAUCUCAAACUUCUAUAUACAAACCUGAAUUCUUAAAAGACCAAACACCAUAUAAUGCACAUCAGAAAGAUAAUGCACCAGGAUUCCCUACUCACGAACAAAAUAAUACAGCAAAGGCGGAAAUUCUGAAACUUUCUCGUAAUAGAGUUCCAUAUUUCUCGUGGUUUCCUACUUUUAGUGUGAAGUUAGGAAAUGUUCAAUUAUCAAUACCAAGUGGGAAAUUUCUGUUGGCAUCUCUGCUAUUGAUCAUGUUUUACAUCACAAGAAAAAAGCAAGCCAUGUUGAAGAGGUUUCUUGUUAAGCAUGCUCUCUCUUUUAGGAAGGCUUUUUUGGACCUGUGGCAACUUGCAUUCUCAUACCAAGUAAAUCCCCUAGCUGCUGUCCAAACUUUGCCUAACUCAACACGAGGGAGCCGCUGACUGGACGCUUCCUGCCAGUUCAAAUCUGGUGAGAUUUGAGGGAAAUUGUGAAAUGAUACUCUUGCCCUUUAUGUAGGGAAAUUGCUAAGAAGUUUAUUCAAUUGCUAUGCUGUGUUAAGUGCCUGUUACUAUAAAUGCAAUGAAUGCAUCUGUUUUGUCCUAUAUUCUAAUAAACAUAUGUUCUGCUUGGAUUUGGUCACUCGUAAUUGAUGCUAUCCUCGCUUUGAAUCCAAACAAUGCUUGAGAAGAACCACGGUGGAGUGGACCGAAGUCUGCAACCCACGGCCUAUACAAGAAGUUGCAUUGUUUGCUGAGGAAUGGAGUCCAGUGCCUUCGGCAGGAUUAGAAGCUAACGAACGAAGCGAAGCGUAUGCAAACUGGAGUCAAGAACUAUGAAGAAAGCGUGAGAAUUGUCAUCGAAUUCGUUAGGAUUUUAAUUUUUUUUUAAAGUCAAGUUUGAUAAAUAGAAAUGGGACGUUUUAUGUAUGUAUAUACUAUAUGGGAGUAUUAUUCAUUAAUUAAGGUCAAAUAUGGUCCACUACAUAUAAAA